AUGGAAAAUGUUCGGGCUUACGGAGCUGGCCUAGCCAACACUAAUUUCGAUAAAAAUACUUUUUUCAAAAAGCCAACUGUUCUAUUUAGACUUGGAGCAUUAUUCCUCGGAUUAAUUUUAUGGUAUUCCGUGUCAAAGGGUGGCUGGCAUAAGCCAAGCGACUCUAUUCAUUCGGUUUGCCUCUAUGGCCGUAGCUCGUCAACAUGUUCAUUCGCGACGGCAGUUGGAUUUUUCGCGGUGUGCGGUGCCAUUGCACUCAUCUUCCUCGAUGCCAAGCUUGAUACAAUUAGCUCGAUACCAACACGAAAACGUGCCGUAAUGGCGGACCUCAUAGUUUCAGUUAUUUUCACCGUUAUCUUUUUCAUCGGUUUUUUCACGUUCUGGAGCAAGCUUUCAUCGUUUGAAGUCGGCGAGGACGACGAAAAUCCGAUAAAAACUGGCAACGCGAAAUUUGGAAUUCUUAGCGCACUUCUCUCAUUCAUUGCAUGGGGUGGUGCUGCAUUUUUUGCAUGGAGAAGAUACGAGGAAGGCAAUCAAGCUGUCGUCGAGCCGAAUUACGAAGAGCAUUUUGGACAAGUUGCGAAUGAGGUUCAGGAUGGAUACGGCUACGGAGGAGAUUCUUCGGGCAUUGGCGCUGUGUCAAACACGCAAUCGUAUCAAGCUGGGGCUCCACCGCAAACAUUCCAAGCACCACCAAACCAAUUUGUGAACUCCGAAGGAUAUGGAUAUUAA